CUGUUAUUCGCCGUAAUCUGGAGAAGACGAAGACGAAGCAAAUCUCCGUAAUUAUCCAUGGGUCGUGUUAUCAGAGCUCAACGUAAGGGAGCUGGUUCCGUCUUCAAAUCCCACACUCACCACCGUAAAGGUCCGGCCAAAUUCAGAAGCCUCGAUUUCGGCGAGAGAAAUGGUUAUCUCAAAGGUGUCGUGACGGAGAUCAUUCACGAUCCAGGACGUGGUGCUCCAUUAGCUCGUGUAGCUUUCCGUCAUCCUUUCCGAUUCAAGAAGCAGAAGGAGCUUUUCGUUGCUGCUGAAGGUAUGUACACCGGUCAGUUUCUUUACUGUGGGAAGAAAGCUACUCUCGUCGUCGGAAAUGUUCUUCCUCUCAGAUCUAUCCCUGAAGGAGCUGUUGUUUGUAACGUUGAGCAUCAUGUUGGUGAUCGUGGUGUUUUCGCUAGAGCUUCUGGUGAUUACGCCAUUGUUAUUGCUCACAAUCCUGAUAACGACACCAGCAGGAUUAAGUUGCCAUCGGGUUCGAAGAAGAUUGUACCAAGUGGAUGCAGGGCUAUGAUUGGUCAAGUUGCAGGUGGUGGAAGAACAGAGAAGCCAAUGCUUAAGGCUGGUAACGCAUACCACAAGUACCGUGUGAAGAGAAAUUGCUGGCCUAAGGUUCGUGGUGUGGCUAUGAAUCCAGUUGAGCAUCCUCACGGAGGAGGUAACCAUCAACAUAUUGGUCAUGCAAGUACUGUUCGUCGUGAUGCACCACCUGGACAAAAGGUUGGUCUUAUUGCUGCAAGGAGGACUGGUCGUCUCAGAGGUCAAGCUGCUGCUCUUGCUUCCAAGGCAGACUAAGGAGAGAAGGAUUCAAGAUGAAACUUUUCACUUUUUUGGGAUUUUUGUUGAGACCUUGUUUUUACUAUCAUGUUCUUUGAUACCUUUCUCUGUCAAGUAGAAUCCAUGUCUACAGGGUUGAACCUUAAAAUUAUUAUGCAACUUAUUUUUUUGUUAUCUGUUAA